AAUAAUGGCAGUGCGCCCGGCGGUCCUGCGGAUCUGUCUCUUGCUUCAACAGUGUUUGGACGGAACAGACCCAGGGACGCCCCUGCAACCAGCCAACGACCACCCUCCAACCUCUUUUCCAGUCACAACUUUGGGAGCCAUCUUCUUGGCCGCCCGCUGCCUCCGGGACCAGCCCACAGCCAAUUUCGGGCUUACCUCCUGAUCUUCAAUCAACCAUGAGCUCCCAGAUUCGUCAGAAUUAUUCCACCGAGGUGGAAGCCGCCGUCAACCGUCUGGUCAACAUGCAUCUGCGGGCCUCCUACACCUACCUCUCUCUGGGCUUCUAGUUCGACCGUGACGAUGUGGCUCUGGAAGGUGUGGGGCACUUCUUCCGCGAGUUGGCUGAGGAGAAGCGGGAGGGCGCCGAGCGUCUCUUGAAGAUGCAAAACCAGCGCGGCGGCCGCGCCCUCUUCCAGGACGUCCAGAAGCCGUCCCAAGAUGAGUGGGGGAAAACCCCGGACGCCAUGGAAGCUACCCUGGUUCUGGAGAAGAGCCUGAACCAGGCCCUUCUGGAUCUGCACGCCCUGGGUUCUGCCCGCACAGACCCCCAUCUCUGUGACUUCCUGGAUGAGGAGGUGAAACUCAUCAAGAAGAUGGGCGACCACCUGACGAACCUCCGCAGGCUGGCCGGCCCCCAGGCUGGGCUGGGCGAGUAUGUCUUCGAGAGGCUCACCCUCAAGCACGACUAGGAGCUCCGGAGACCAGCAGCAUCCUUUGAGGAGCCCUCGUUGACAUCCGUGCCUCAGCCUCUCCCUGCAGCCCGAGGCAGCUUUGUAACCACCCUGGAGCCCUCUCCCAAGCCCAGGACCAAAUGGAAAUAAAGCUUUUUGCAGCAAUAAAUAAAUAAAAUAAAAUAAAAUAAAAUAAAAUAAAA